CUAUACUUUUGACGGAUAUAUAAGAAGCUUCCAAAAAUAUCGAAACUAUGUCGGCGUCGGCAUAUCAUAAUAAACAGCGGAAAUCUGUGACUUCGGAAAUAUUCCGCCGGCUGUCGGGGAAAUCUGUUCUAGAGACGACAGGACCAGUGGAGAUGGACAAGCUACAGGCAAAUCAGGAGCAACGGUCGUCGGAACCCAGGCCACACAUGCUCAAGCGUUGGUUCGCCUCCGUCCCGGAAGCAGACCGCAAAUACAUGCCAGUGCCAAAGUCGUAUAGAAAAGCGCGAAACAAACCCGUGCAAAAAGGUUACAUCGCUCGUGCAUUGGAUGUAAUAUAUAAACGAGUUCCCAUCAUUGAGUUUUUGAAGACCUACGAGUUUAAAAAGAAUGCUUCUGCAGAUUUAGUAGCCGGCUUGGCUGCGACGGGUCUGCACUUUCCGCAAGGCCUUGCGUAUGCCAUUAUGGCGGGGCUACCCCCUGGGCUUGGAAUGGUCUCCACCAUUUUGCCCGUGCUGAUCUACAUGAUAUUUGGAUCCUCGCCUCACACUUCUAUUGGCACCAACGCCAUAGCGUCUAUUAUGAUUGGUGACAUGCUUCUUGAGCCAAGCCUAAAGGCUAGUAUGCUUGCCGCCUCGGUAGGCGGAAUGUCCGAUGUGCAUCUUGUUGUGAACAAUUCGUCUGAAACGUUAAAUGGCAUGAACGCAACCGCAGCUUCCUACACUUUGAGCCUAGAGUCUUCUAAAGGGUACAUGGAUCAAAGGAUUGCGCUUGUCUCCGGAGCAACAUUGUACAUUGGCAUAAUGUUCUUCUUGAUGGCUAUUUUCCGCAUGGGCUUCUUGGCGACAUACUUGUCACAGUCGUUUAUGAGCGGUUUCACGACGGGAGUAGCCGUGCACAUCUUCAGUAGCCAGAUAGCGUUAGCUCUCGGCUUGAAACUGCCGCCAAGCGAGGGCUUUGGAAAACUGGUGAAGUUGUAUUAUAAUGUAUUUGCACACAUUUCAUCUGUGCACGUUCCGGAUUUAUUGGUCUCCCUCAUAUGCGUGGCAAUUUUGAUUGCUGUCAAAAUAGGUAUCAACGAAAAAUUCAAAUUAAGAAUUCCUAUUCCAAUUGACUUCAUUUUACUUGUGGUGGUAACAAUUAUUUCCUAUUUUGCACAACUGCCUUCCAAAUUUGACGUGAAAUCGAUAGGAGUUGUUGAACUUGGUUUUCAUGCGCCUAUUAUGCCGGCCAUGUUUCCGGUCGGCCCAUUGCUGCUAUACGCUCUGCAAAUAGCUCUGGUCACCUUCUUCUUGAACAUCUCGGUGGUAAAAAUUCUCGCCAGACGGAACGGAUACGAAAUCAACGAGAACAUUGAGCUGAAUGCAUACGGAAUGUGUAACAUCCUUCCCGCUUUUUUUUCCAUUCUUCCUGCCAGUGUGGCGCCACCAAGAGCCUCUUUGCUGUCCGCUAUGGGAGCAAAAACAACCAUGAACGGUGUAUCCUACGUUCGUCAUAAUGCUUGCUUUGGUAUUUUACUUUGGUCAGUUUUUUGAAUCCUGUCCGAAAGCUGUGUUGGCAUCAAUGAUAAUGGUCGCUAUGAAAGAUUUGCUCAAACAGGUGACUUGCCUGCCAAAACUCUGGAAAGUUAAUAAAAAUGAUUUUACCAUCUGGAUAUUUGCAGCCAUCGCGUGUAUUUUUAUAGACAUUCCAUACGGACUCGCACUGGGCGUGCUCGUGUCCCUGCUGUCGGUGGUCAAUCAGAGCCAACGAGGCUGGGUUUCCAUCCUUGGUAAGUCUGACUCAGAGGACCUUUACAUGGACUCGGAGCUAUAUGGAUCCAUCCACGAGCUGCCGAGGAUCAAGAUUGUACGUAUGGAGGCUUCGCUGUACUUCGCCACGGCCGAACAGUUCCGGAAGAACAUAUACAAGAUAAUUGAGCAAGACACGGACAAUUAUGACGAUGACACAGAGGAAGACCCUGAAUCGGAACAAACAAACAUUGCGUUAACUGUUAUGAAUGCCGAUGACAAAGAAGAAGAAGUCAAAAUUGAUGGAGAAACACAGAAACUAAAAAAUGGUAACGCAGACCACGGGGACGAUGAUGCUUUGGCUGAUGAAUCCGACCAGUUCAGCACGAAGAUCCUUAUUAUAGAUUGCAUACCGUUUAAUUUCAUGGACGGUACCGGUCUGGAUAUGCUGAAGCUGGUCAUAUUUGAGCUGAAGUGUGUUAAUAUCGAGGUCUACCUUGCGAGGUGCUCUAAGUACAUGCUGCGGAUGCUGGAAGUGUCGGACGCUUACGACGGGUUACCGAGGGAACACGUUUUCAUUGACCUCCCAGACGCCGUGGAACAGGCUAGGAAAAUGGUUGAAGGGAAACGGUAUCGGCCACACCAUGUGCACCAUAUCGUUGAAAUGCACGAUGAAAAGCGCAAAAUGUCGCUGCGCCAGACUGACACUGAGUAUGACAUGUUCAUACACAGAAAAAGCAUUUUCAAUCCUCUGGCAUAACCAUUUCUUUUGGAGUGAUUUAGACACUCUGUUAUAUUAUGACAUGGUACGAACAACAGUAUACGUUAUUUGCACAUGCGUUUUGUUAAGUUUCAGUAAAGAAGUAAAUAAAAAAUGGCAACAAAAUCAAUUUGUAUAAGCGUAUACAUUUCUUGUAAAAUUGUAAAAUUAAGCUCUUAGUCUUAAUUAUCUAAGUGUGAAGAAAAUAUUUGAUACAUUUGUUUUAAAUAUACACAGUUACUUUAUAGUUAUUGUUUUUUAACCCUGGCGUUCAUUUUGUUUGGAUAAUUUACGUUUCUGAAUGUUUUCAUCAAUGUCAUCGAUUUUCCUAAUUGAUAGUGUCUAAUGAUAGGUUAACAUAGAUAGGAGUCAGGUUAAACAUAUCGUAUAAUAAAAGUGUUUUGAUUUCAUGUGUAGCAUGUUUUUCAUGAAAGGUUCUUCUUUAAAUAGUCAUUUGAUGGGAAUGUUUUUGUGAGGUCCGUUUAUGGCAUUUUGAACAACGUUUGAAUUUUAGAUAUUUUAAUGGAUUUCACAUUGUACAUAUUAAUUUUCACCUGAUAAAAUUCUGUAAAAUUACAAGUCAGUUUGCAAUGAAAGAAACAUUUGUUUCUUUUAUACUUUUUAUGAUUUCUCAUUAUGGCUAACAAAACAUUUCUUUUGAUUGACUAGUUUUAUACAAUACAAUCACGGGACUUCUCUAUGCAUCGUGCUUGUGAUUUUUUCCCCCUUUACACUCAGAUUCAAUGAAAAAAAAUGUAAAUACUAAAACUAAAAUAACACCAAUUACAAUUAUUUAAGAAAAUGGUAAAUAUCAGCUUUGAGAAAAAUUCGGUAUUUGUUGUAUUUUAAAAUCUUUUUUUUAACAGUUUUUUUUUUGCGAACAACUGUUUUAUGACUUUGCAGUGUAAACAUAUACGUGUAUUGUUUUGUUAUCACUAUUAAAUAUUUUAUCUUUUUUAUGUUAUUCGGAACGCUAAUAUACACAUUGGUUAGAAUAAAUUCAUAACAUUUCUUUUUCAUUUAAAUGUUUUGAGAAUUCUUUUUUUUUAAAUGUGCAGAAUUUUAUUAAUUACGUAUAAUAUUGCAUACAUACAUACGUAGAAUAGUGUGUACAUUCAUACAAAGUAUUAUGAAUUUUAUAAUAAAAACAAAGUAUUUCAUAUAGCUUUUUUGAUGCGUACAUAAAUGUAAUAAUUAAACUUGCAGUAAAAUCAACAUACAUUCAUAUAAUCUUAUAUUUGUGUUAUAGUUCAAGUAUUGUACAACAUCAAAAUAAAACACAACAACACAACACAAGCUUGUACAAUACAAACUAUAUUAAUGUUGAAUAUAAGUAUGUAUAUCCUUUAACAUAAAAUAUUGCAUAUAAGAAAGUUAAAUAGUAAGUGCUGAAUUGCAUUGCAUACGGAAAACUGAUAAUGUGAAGAGAAUUCGAUUUCAUCGAAUUAGCCAGAAAUAACACGGUUAUAUUGAUAUUUUCAGUACUUGAUGAGAAACUAUCAGAUUAUCGAUAUUUGUCAAUUUGUUACGAAAAUCAAUACAGUAGAUAAAUGUUAUUACAUGAAUUGACAUGAACACGUUAUAUAGUUUGUUUUCCUUUUUGCUACUUUCAAACAAUUAUUAUUUUAAAAUAGAAUCUUGAUAAUGUUUUGUUGACGAAGUGUAAGAUGAUAUUUCAAAUGAAUAUUG